AUGGAGGUGGCUUCUCCCUCGAUCCCUGGCGCGAACGGCGUCGCCUCGCCCACGUCCGACCCCUCGAUCGAUCCCGUCCGCGUCGUCGACCACAUAGCUCUCGCAUGCCAGAUAGCUCUCGGCGCAAACCAGGAGGACCUCGAGAGUCCCGGCAGCUUGCUUCACAAGCAUCGCUACUCCGACACCCUCCAGCGCUGCGCCCGCUUCGCAACCGAUACCCCCAACACCUUGUACAUUCAGAAGGAUAUCCUGCCGGCCUCUGCGAUACAGAAUGGAGAGGACUCAAAGCCUCCGUCCUACACGUACUCUCUGACCACAGAGAUCUCUUCGUCCCCGACAACCGCGUCUGUCCUCGUCCUGCUCAAGCAACGGCCUGGCCCCAUCGAUCCCGUGCUCCCUCUUACCUCCCAGAUUCUCCUUACUAAUCUCCCAGGCCCUGCUACUCUGAACGCCACCGCCGGCGAGCAGGGUCCUUCGACCUCGCCUUUUGAGAUUCUUCACUCUUACGUUCACAAUGCGCUGGCGCCGUAUUUCGAUGCCAACACCCGGAGCCAAAUCACCAAUGGCGCCAGGGGAAGGGCCGACGUCGACUCCAAGACUGGAAUUCCCGUCACGAAGAAGAGGUGGAACGAUCUCGAGCUAAGCUUGUUGCAUCUGCAGCAGAAUGUCGAGAUCCCCGAGGUCUCCCUCAUGUUCCACACGAUGGUGCAGAACGCGCUGGAGGAGGCCGAAUCCCGACACUCUAAGCCAACCCUCGAUCUCAUCCCGGGCGCCGUCCUCUCCGACAGUACCUUUCUCAAUAGUCUCCAGAACAACGUGAACAGCUGGAUCAAGUCGAUCCAGGUCAUCACGAGAAUGACCAGGGACCCCGCCGACAGCGCCAAGGAUUUCAAGUUCACUGCUAGCCAAGAGGUCAAUUUUUGGUUGUCGAUGGAGUCCGCUCUGGAGGGAAUCGAAGGACAGCUCCGCAGCGAGGGAGUUCUUCUGACGUUGGAGAUUCUCAAGCACGCGAAGCGUUUCCAGGCGACUGUCAGUUUCACGGCCGACACGGGUCUGAAGGAAGCUAUGGAAAAGGUCCAGAAGUACAACCAGCUCAUGAGAGACUUCCCGCUUGAUGAGCUGCUUUCUGCCACAUCCAUGUCCAAGGUGAAGGACGCUAUCGUGCAAAUCUUUGGCCACCUGAACAGGAAGCUGAGAAUCUGCCCUUACCCCAUUCGUAGGGCACUGCCUUUGGUGGAGGCCAUCUCUGGCGAUUUGGACGAGGUUCUCCAUCGAUUGCUACCGGGGACCGAGCUCGUCAACCUUGAUUACUCCGAGUUCAAGGGUAUCAUGAAGUCUUGCGACGACAUCUUUACUACCUGGGAUGAGAGCAUCAAAGAGUUUACCAACGUCGCCCGUGAGGUUACGCGUCGCAGAAACGAGAAGUUCAUCCCCAUUAAGGUCAACCCCAAGCAUGGCGAGCUUCAAGGACGUCUCAAGUACGUCAGCACUUUCCGUGACAACCAUGAGCAACUGCAGCGCACCAUUGUCAAUGUGCUCGGCCCCAAGGCCACCGUGAGCGGCCUGGCCGAAACGACCGGCACUAAUGGCGUCGUUGUCGUGGAGGAGAUGGGCGACGUGGAUGCCGUCGAGGAAGUGAAACAGGCGUGGGAAGCGUUGAAGAACGUCGACCUUCUGGACGUCUCCGCCGAGGGUACGGAGAGAUGGGCCAAGGCCGAGAACAUGUACAAUGAACGGACUUCUCGCGUCGAGAAUUCCAUCAUUGCGCGUCUCCGAGACCGUCUGGCGACUGCGAAAAACGCCAACGAAAUGUUCCGCGUCUUCUCCAAAUUCAACGCUCUUUUCGUGCGACCCAAGAUUCGUGGUGCCAUUGCUGAGUACCAGAACCAGCUCAUGGAGCACGUCAAGCAAGCCAUUCAUGGCCUUCACGAGCGCUUCAAGCAGCAGUAUGGCCACUCCGAAGCCCACGCCAUGGCUCAAUUGCGUGAUCUGCCACCUGUUUCUGGAGCUAUCAUUUGGGCUCGACAGAUCGAGCACCAACUGGACAACUACAUGAAGAAGGUCGAAGAUGUUCUUGGUGUUGAAUGGGCCAUCCACGCCGAAGGUCAGAAGCUUCAGAGCGAGAGCAACUUGUUCCGCAAGAAGCUCGACACUCAGACCAUUUACAAGGCAUGGCUUGACGACGUCCAGCGCCGGCAAAUCUCCAUCUCCGGCUUUCUCUUCGACAUUCGCCGCAUGAGAGCAAACGGUGGCAACUAUGAGCUUCUUGUCAACUUCGAUCCCCAGGUCAUCACUCUGUUCAAGGAGACGCGAAACCUAAUGUGGCAGAACUAUGCUGUGCCUCACUCCAUCAACAAUGUGUCUAAAGAUGCCAAGCGCGUAUACCCCUUCGCCGUCAGCCUUAUGGAGAGUGUUCGCACCUUUUCGCAAACUAUGCGUCAGAUUUCCGAGAUGGGCGAAGAAGCGGUCCUCGUCUUUGGAUAUAGGAACGACGUCUACGCCCUGGUGGCCCGGGGUGUUCCCCUCAGAUGGGAGUCUUUCGUCAACUCGCAUGAGAUUUUCUUCUCUACCAAGAACAAUGCCAAUUUGCCGUCUGUCUCUGAGUUCGGUUUGUCGAAGCCAUCAGAGAGCAAGCACAGCCUGUUCAUCCGCGAGUUUGCUGCGGCCGUGUCUUUGCUUCAGGCUAAGACUGCCUCUCUGGCCUCGAUCCACGCCACCGUAGAGAAGGCCCUUCUUGAACUCAACACCUGUCCCUACGAGGCGGACGCCUUCACCUCGCGCCUGGAGACCAUUCAGACAGCUGUUGACCAGCUGAACCUGGAGCAAUACGUCAACCUCCCCUACUGGGUUGAGAACAUGAACCAGAAGCUCAAAGAUGUGCUCCUGGCUCGUCUUCAAGACGCCAUUCUUACCUGGAUCCAAGCCUUCGAGGACGAGUAUCUUGACGACGGCCGCCGGAAGCAAGUCAUGGACAAUGGCGAGGCGCCAACUCCCCAAGGUCCAACGAUCAAGCGUUUGGUCCAUGAGCUGUCCAUGCGGAACCAAGUGAUCUACUUGGAUCCUCCGCUGGAGUAUGCCCGCUCGAGCUGGUUUGUACAGCUGCACGAAUGGCUGGGGAUUGUUUGCAACUUGAAGAAGAUCAAAGCCACGCGUUACCAGAUGACCCUUACCACUACAACACUGGACGAGCCUCGUUUCGACGACCUGCCUGGCGAGUGCACCGAUUUGCUCAGCCGCGUCUACGUUUCUGUGGAGAAGAAGAUUCAAGAGAUCAGCACAUAUGUCGACAAGUGGCUUCAGUUCCAGUCCCUAUGGGAUCUUCAAUCUGAGCAAGUGUACGAGGCCCUUGGCGACCAGCUCGCUCGAUGGCUGCAACUCCUUCAGGAAAUUCGCAAGACUCGCCAGACUUUCGACACCCAAGAGGUCAGCAGGCAGUUUGGCCACACCACGAUUGACUACGACCAGGUGCAAACCAAGGUCAACGCCAAGUACGAUCAGUGGCAGCACGAGAUCUUGAUGAAGUUCGCCAGCAGGCUCGGCAAUCGCAUGCGUGAGGUCCACGCUGAUAUCGAGAAGGCCCGCCGCGACCUCGAAGGACAGGGUCUUGAUGCCUCUUCCACGGCUACAGCCGUCCAAUUCAUCACUGUCGUGCAGGCUUGUAGGCGCAAUGUUAAGCUCUGGGCACCCGAGAUUGACAUGUUCAGGCAAGGACAGUCGACACUUGUGCGACAGCGUUACCAGUUCUCCAAUGACUGGCUCCACAUCGAGCAGAUUGAUAGUUCUUGGGAAUCCUUGACCGAAAUCUUGGACAAGAAGUCCAAGAUUGUUCAGGACCAGACCGAUGCCCUCAGAUCCAAGAUCAUUGCGGAGGACAAGAUUGUGAACGACAGGAUUGCCGAGAUCGCCGUGCAGUGGAAUGACGAAAAGCCGGUCUCUGGAACCAUCCAGCCUGACAUUGCGUCUGCCACUCUCACCACUUUCGAGAGCAAGAUCUCCAAGUUGCAGACCGACUUCGAGAUGGUUGCUAAGGCCAAGGAGGCUCUCGACAUCCCUGCCAGCGCCGAUACCUCUUUGGGCACCAUCCUGGAGGAGGUCCAGGAUUUCCAGUCCGUCUGGUCUAACCUGUCCACUAUUUGGGCCAGUCUGAAUGAGACGAGAGAGAUCUUAUGGACGGCUGUCCAGCCCAGAAAGAUUCGCUCCAAGAUCGACGACCUCAUCAAGAGCACCAAGGAGAUGCCCAGUCGCAUGCGUCAGUACGCUGCCUUCGAACACGUUCAGACCAUCCUUCGCGGCCUCCUCAAGGUCAACUCUCUGCUUUCAGAUCUCAAGUCUGAAGCUAUCCGGGACCGCCACUGGACGAAGAUUUACAAGCAAAUCAAGCCUGGCAAGCGAUACUCGCCCGUUUCUAUGACCCUCGGUGAUGUCUGGGAUCUCAACCUGGUCGCCACAGAGGUUAUUGUCAGGGACAUCAUUACCCAGGCUCAGGGUGAAAUGGCCUUGGAGGAGUUCCUGAAGCAAGUUCGUGAGACAUGGUCCAACUAUGGACUGGAGCUUGUCAACUACCAGAACAAGUGCCGCCUCAUCCGUGGCUGGGAUGAUCUGUUCGCAAAGUGCAGUGAGAACUUGAACUCGCUCCAGGCUAUGAAGCACUCUCCCUACUACAAGGAAUUCGAGGAGGAGGCAAGCUCCUGGGAAGACAAGCUCAACAGAGUCCACGUCCUCUUUGACGUUUGGAUUGACGUUCAAAGACAGUGGGUGUACCUGGAGGGAGUCUUCACUGGCAAUGCCGAUAUCAAGCACCUGUUGCCUGUGGAGUCUUCCAGAUUCCAGAACAUCAACAGCGAGUUCUCUGCCGUUAUGAAGAAGGUCUACAAGCAGCCGUACGUCCUCGAUGUCCUUCAAAUCCCCAACGUACAGAAGUCUCUUGAGAGACUUGCAGAGUUGCUCAACAAGAUCCAGAAGGCUCUUGGUGAGUAUCUCGAGAAGGAGCGUGUCUCCUUCCCCAGAUUCUACUUCGUUGGUGACGAGGACCUCUUGGAAAUGAUUGGUAACAGCAAUGACACUCUCCGUAUUGCUAAGCAUUUCAAGAAGAUGUUCGCUGGUCUCUCAGGACUGAUCAUGGACGACGAGACUAUCAUCUCUGGCUUCACGUCCAAGGAGGGCGAGGCGGUGCGGCUCAAGAAGGAGAUUUCUCUGGCCAAAACGCCCAAGAUCAACGACUGGCUGGCUCUCCUGGAAAGCGGUAUGAAGAACACUCUCGCAGAGCUCCUGGCGGAAGCUGUCGAGCACUACACUCCUAUUUUCGAAUCUGAGAAGAUCGAGAUGUCUGCGAUGAACGAGUUCAUGGAGGCUUUCCCCAGUCAAAUCGUUGUUUUGGCCACCCAAGCCGUCUGGACCACCGUUGUGGAGAAAUCACUCGCAGACGGCGGCAAGACGCUGCAGUCACUCUAUGAGCGUGAAGUACAAGUGCUUCGUCUGCUGGCCGACACCGUCCUCGGCGAUCUUGAGGCCAUCCAGCGCAAGAAGUGUGAGCAGCUUAUCACCGAGUGCGUUCACCAGCGUGACGCCAUUGAGAAGCUCAUCAAUCUCAAUGCAACGGCGCCGACUCAUUACUUCUGGCUGCUCCAGAUGCGUUACCACUACUCUCCUGAUGGUGACUUCCAGCAGCGUCUGCAGAUCAAGAUGGCCAACGCCAAGCUCAGUUACGGUUUCGAAUAUCUUGGAGUUCCCGAUCGCCUGGUCAGAACACCCCUCACCGACCGCUGCUUCCUUACCCUCACCCAAGCUCUCUGCCAACGUCUCGGUGGAUCUCCCUACGGACCUGCCGGUACCGGUAAAACGGAAUCAGUCAAGGCCCUUGGUCUCCAACUGGGUCGCUUCACGUUGGUCUUCUGCUGUGACGACACCUUUGAUUUCCAGGCCAUGGGUCGUAUUUUCCUCGGUAUUUGCCAAGUCGGUGCCUGGGGUUGUUUCGACGAGUUUAACCGUCUUGAGGAGAGAAUCUUGUCCGCUGUUUCGCAGCAGAUCCAGAACAUUCAGCUUGGUCUGAAGCAGGGCGCCGAAGACGACAAGGCUCAGAUCGAGCUGGUCGGACGUCAGCUCCACGUCAACGCCAACACUGGUAUCUUCAUCACCAUGAACCCUGGCUACGCCGGUCGUUCCAACCUCCCCGACAACUUGAAGAAGCUCUUCCGCAGCGUCGCCAUGUCCAAGCCCGACAAAGAACUCAUUUCCGAAGUCAUGCUGUACUCUCAGGGUUUCAACCAGGCUAAGCAGCUGUCCAAGCAGACUGUGCCGUUCUUCGACCAGUGCUCUGCUAGACUGUCGAAGCAGGCUCAUUACGAUUUCGGUCUCCGUGCCUUGAAGAGUGUUCUCGUUAGCUCUGGUGGCUUGAAGCGUGCGCGACUGGCAGCUAGUGACGGCAGCAUCGGCGCUGAAGAGGUUGUUGAACCAGAGAUCAUCGUACAGAGUAUUCGGGAAACCAUUGCUCCAAAGUUGAUCAAGAGUGAUGUCGAGAUCCUCACAGAGGUUGAGGAGACUUGUUUCCCUGGCGUCAAGUACGUUCCCGCCAACUUGGAGAAACUGGAGGAGGCCAUCCGAACUCUCGCUGCCGAGAGACAGCUGGUUGUCAACGAUACCUGGAUGACCAAGGUCCUUCAACUCUACCAGAUCCAGAAGAUCCACCACGGUGUAAUGAUGGUGGGCAACUCUGGUACAGGUAAAUCUGCUGCCUGGACUCUUCUGCUCGACGCGCUCCAGAAGGUCGAGGGUGUUGAGGGCGUGCAGCAUGUCAUUGAUUCCAAGGUCAUGUCCAAGGAGGCUCUGUACGGUAACCUCGACUCUACCACGCGCGAGUGGACAGACGGUCUCUUCACCAGCAUCCUCCGAAAGAUCGUCGACAACCUCAGAGGCGAGGACUCCAAGCGUCACUGGAUUGUCUUUGACGGUGACGUCGACCCCGAGUGGGUUGAGAACUUGAACAGUGUUCUGGACGACAACAAGCUUCUUACGCUUCCCAACGGUGAACGUCUCAACCUGCCUGCCAACGUCCGCAUCAUGUUCGAGGUCGAGACUCUCAAGUACGCCACUCUUGCCACGGUCUCUCGUUGCGGUAUGGUCUGGUUCAGCGAGGAUACUGUGUCGCCCGUCAUGAUGCUCGACCAUUACCUCGAGACAUUGCGCUCCAAGCCGUUCGAGGACCUCGACGAAGACAGUGUCGGCGCCGGGCAAAGCCCCGCAAAGGCUCUGGCUGUCCAGGAACAGGUUGCCGAUCUACUCAAGGCUUACCUCGGCGGGGAGGACUUCCUCGUCCAGGCGCUUAAGGAAGCCGAGAGUUUCAACCACAUUAUGGACUUCACUGUUGCUCGUGUUCUAAACACACUGUUCUCUCUGUUGAACAAGGCUGUUCGUGACAUGAUUGAGUACAAUGCGCAACACUCUGACUUCCCCUUGGACCCCGAGCAGGUCGAGGCCUUCAUCGCCAAGAAGCUUCUUCUUGCCCUCGUCUGGGCUCUGACUGGUGACUGCCCUCUUAACGACAGGAAGUCAUUUGGAGAUGUUGUCGGUGGCCUCGCCAACUUCGGCAACCCUCCUUUGGAUGGCUCCAGCUCGCUUAUUGACUUCGACGUCACCCUGCCUCAAGCGGAAUGGUCCCCUUGGCAGAACCAAGUGCCGACUAUUGAGGUCAACACCCACUCCAUCACCCAGACCGACGUCGUUAUUCCCACGCUCGACACAGUUCGUCACGAGGAUGUCCUCUACUCGUGGCUGGCUGAGCACAAGCCGUUGCUACUUUGUGGUCCUCCCGGUUCGGGUAAGACUAUGACGCUGUUCAGCGCUCUUCGCAAGCUUCCCAACAUGGAGGUUGUCGGCCUCAACUUCUCCAGCGCCACCACCCCCGAUCUCUUGAUCAAGACCUUUGAGCAAUACUGCGAGUAUAAGAAGACAUUGAACGGAGUCAUGCUCUCGCCCACUCAAAUUGGCAGAUGGCUCGUCAUCUUCUGCGAUGAAAUCAAUUUGCCCGCUCCCGACAAGUACGGAACUCAGAGGGCCAUCUCCUUCCUCCGCCAGCUCGUUGAGCACAACGGCUUUUGGAGGACAUCGGACAAGUCCUGGGUCACGCUUGACCGCAUCCAGUUCGUCGGUGCCUGUAACCCUCCCACCGACGCCGGUCGUACUCCCCUUGGCGCCAGAUUCCUCCGCCACGCCCCUCUUAUCAUGGUUGACUAUCCCGGAGAGCUUUCACUGCUUCAAAUCUACGGCACUUUCAAUUCUGCCGUCCUCAAGAUCAUCCCGGCGCUUCGCGGCUACUCUGAGCCACUCACGCAAGCCAUGGUCAAAUUCUACCUGGAAUCCCAGAAACGCUUUACACCAAAGAUCCAGCCCCACUACGUGUACAGUCCUCGUCUCGUCCGCAUCUGGGCACACGAGGCUCUUCGCCUGUUCCAGGAUCGUCUCGUUGCCGAGGACGAGCGCCAGUGGACCGACGACGCUGUGCGACGUAUCGCUCUUGAUCUGUUCCCUACCGUUGACGACCAGAAGGCUCUUGGUGGGCCCAUCCUCUUCUCCAACUGGCUCUCGAAGAACUACGUCCCUGUUGACCGAGAGCAACUUCGUGACUUUGUCAAGGCCAGACUCAAGACUUUCUGCGAAGAAGAGGUCGACGUGCCGCUUAUCCUGUUCAACGACGUCUUGGAGCACGUCCUCCGCAUCGAUCGUGUCUUCAGACAGCCCCAGGGUCAUCUUAUCCUCAUCGGUGUCAGUGGAAGUGGAAAGACUACUCUUUCUCGUUUCGUGGCUUGGAUGAAUGGUCUGAAGGUCUUCCAGAUCAAGGUGCAUGGCAAGUACUCUGGUGAGGACUUCGACGACGAUCUCCGUGAUGUUCUCCGACGUUGCGGUUGCAAGGGCGAAAAGAUUUGCUUCAUCAUGGACGAAGCCAACGUUCUUGACUCCGGUUUCCUUGAGAGAAUGAACACCUUGCUUGCCAACGCCGAGGUUCCUGGUCUCUUUGAGGGCGACGAGUUCGCUGCCCUCAUGACAGCUUGCAAGGAGGGCGCUCAGCGACAGAACCUGCACCUUGACUCGCCCGAAGAACUCUACAAGUGGUUCACUCAACAGAUUGUCAAGAACUUGCACGUUGUGUUCACCAUGAACCCGCCAGAGGGUGGCCUCGGCUCCAAGGCCGCAACCAGUCCUGCCUUGUUCAACCGUUGUGUGCUCAACUGGUUCGGUGACUGGUCAGACCAGGCCCUCUUCCAGGUCGGCCACGAGCUCACCACCUCCAUGGAUCUGGACCGUCCCAACUUCCAGGCGCCGGACACCAUUCCGGUGGCCUACCGCGCCCUUCAGUUGCCUCCUACGCACCGCGAGACCAUUGUCAACUCCAUGGUCUACAUCCAUUACUCCCUCCAACGCUUCAACGCCAAGCUACUCAAGCAGCAAGGCAAGGUUACUUUCCUCACGCCCAGACACUUCCUGGACUUCGUCGCCCAGUACGUCAAGCUGUACAAUGAGAAGCGUGAGGACUUGGAAGAGCAGCAGCGCCAUCUCAACGUCGGUCUCGAGAAGCUCAGAGACACUGUCGACAAGGUUCGCGACCUCAGGGUCAGCCUAGCCGAGAAGAAGACUCAACUCGAGAAGAAGGAUGCCGAGGCGAACGAGAAGCUGCAGCGCAUGGUUGCCGAUCAGAGAGAGGCCGAGCAGAGGAAGAACACUUCCUUGGAGAUUCAGGUCGCUUUGGAGAAGCAAGAGGCCGAAGUUGCAACGCGCAAGAAGGUCGUCUUGGACGAUCUCGCAAGAGCCGAACCCGCUGUCGAGGAGGCAAGAGCUAGUGUUAGCAACAUCAAGCGUCAGCACCUUACCGAAGUUCGAUCCAUGGGUAACCCUCCUCAGGGUGUCAGACUCGCACUGGAGUCUGUCUGUGCCCUGCUUGGUCACAAGGUCAACGACUGGAAGAUGAUCCAGGGCGUUAUCCGUCGCGACGAUUUCAUCGCCAGCAUCGUCAACUUUGACAACGAGAAAAACAUGACGAAGCCUCUUCGUCUCAAGAUGCGCAAGGAUUUCUUGUCCAACCCCGAGUUCACUUUCGACAAAGUCAACCGUGCCUCCAAGGCCUGCGGUCCCCUCGUGCAGUGGGUUGAAGCACAAGUUUCGUACUCCGACAUUCUGGACCGCGUCGGCCCUCUCAGAGAAGAGGUCGAUCAGCUUGAGGAGCAAGCUCUGCAAACCAAGGCCGAGGCCAAGGCUGUUGAGAACACCAUCAACACCCUCGAGUCCAGUAUCGCCCAGUAUAAGACGGAGUACGCCGCACUCAUUAGCGAGACGCAGGCCAUCAAGUCGGAGAUGUCCAAGGUUCAGUUCAAGGUCGACAGAAGUGUCAAGUUGCUCGACAGUCUGUCUUCGGAGAGAGUUCGUUGGGAGGAGGGAAGCAAGUCUUUCGAGACUCAAAUCAGCACCCUCGUUGGCGAUGUCCUUGUUGCCGCCGCCUUCUUGGCUUACAGCGGUCUCUACGACCAGACUUUCCGCAAGUCGAUGAUGGAUGACUGGCUUCACCAGCUUCAACUCUCAGGCGUCCAGUUCAAGCCGCACAACCCGGUCACUGAGUACCUAUCGACCGCUGAUGAGCGCUUGACUUGGCAGGAGAACAGCUUGCCUGUGGACGACCUGUGCACGGAGAACGCCAUCAUACUCAAACGGUUCAACCGUUACCCUCUCAUCAUCGAUCCUUCUGGCCGAGUCACCGAGUUCCUGCAGAAGGAGAGCAAGGACCGCCGCCUCACUGUCACCAGUUUCCUGGAUGAUUCCUUCACCAAGCAACUGGAGAGUUCGCUGCGUUUUGGCAACCCAAUUCUCAUUCAAGAUGCUGAAUACCUGGACCCCAUCCUCAACCAGGUCUUGAACAAGGAGUACCAAAAGACUGGUGGACGUGUUCUUAUCCAGCUUGGCAAGCAGCAGAUUGAUUUCUCGCCUUCAUUCAAGAUCUACCUGUCGACUCGCGACCCCUCCGCCACCUUCCCUCCCGACAUUUGCUCUCGUACCACCUUCGUCAACUUUACCGUCACGCAGAGCAGUCUCCAGACCCAAUCACUUAACGAUGUGCUCAAGUCGGAGAGACCUGAUGUCGAUGAGCGCCGGUCCAACCUCAUCAAGCUUCAGGGUGAGUUCAAGAUUCAUCUUAGGCAGUUGGAGAAGCGUCUUCUGCAAGCCCUCAACGAGUCUCGCGGCAACAUUCUCGACGAUGACAACGUCAUUGAGACCUUGGAGACUCUGAAGACAGAAGCAGCAGAGAUUUCUGACAAGAUGAGCAAUACCGAGGGUGUCAUGGCCGAGGUUGAGGAAAUCACUCAGCAGUACGGCAUCAUUGCCAGGUCCUGUAGUACUGUGUUCGCCGUGCUGGAGCAGCUGCACUAUCUCAACCACUUUUACCAGUUCUCGCUCCAGUACUUCCUCGACAUUUUCCACUCCGUUCUUCAUGGAAACAAGAACCUUGCCAACGAGACCAACCAUAACAUUCGGCGAGACAUCAUCGUCAAGGAUCUUUUCGUCACCACGUUCAAGCGGACUGCGCUCGGCCUGCUUCAGAAGGACCGAAUCACGCUGGCCAUGCUGCUUGCCCAGGCGUCACCUUACAAGAUGGACAAGACUUUGAUUGACGUCAUCCUUGACGAUCGCGUGGAGGGCAAGGAUCUCUCGACCGACAAGGAGGCAAGAGAGGAAGCUUGUGCCCGAGCUGGCCGCAUGAGCGUACUCAAGGACAAGUUAGAGCACAUCACAAACGAGCAGUGGGAGAAGUUCUUCUCUGAGGAACUGGCCGAGAACUUCGUGCCCAAGAUCUGGGACGACAAUGUCGAGCCUUUCGAUCAGGCCUUGCAAUCUCUGCUUCUUGUCAAGCUCUUCCGCCUUGACAGGUUCGUGCCUGCUGCAGAGCGCUUCGCCGCCCUUGUCUUUGGUGCCGACAUCUUCGACAUCGUCGAAGAUCUCAAGGAAACUGUCACCCAGGUGCCUGCAACCCGACCCAUCUCUUUGGUCUCCAGCCCUGGUUUCGAUGCCAGUUACAAGGUCGACAACCUCGUUGAGAGGAUGCGAGUCAAGUGCACCAACAUUGCCAUGGGUUCCAACGAAGGUCUGGCAACCGCCGAUAAGGCCGUCAACAACGCCGCACAGCUCGGCAACUGGGUCUUGGUCAAGAACGUCCAUCUUGCACCUACUUGGCUGCAGAGUCUUGAGAAGCGCAUGGAAUCGCUCAACCCUCACUCCGACUUCCGUCUUUUCCUUUCCAUGGAGUCGAGUCCCAAGAUUCCCGUCAAUCUGCUUCGCGCUUCGAGAGUUCUCAUGUACGAGCAACCUGCUGGUGUCCGUGCCAACAUGAAGGACUCCAUGUCCUCUCUAUCAACCAGGUCUGCCAAGGCUCCCGUCGAACGCACCAGGCUCUACUUGCUGCUCGCCUUCUUGCACGCAGUUGUUCAAGAGCGUCUUCGUUACGCACCCAAUUUGGGUUGGAAGGGUUUCUGGGAGUUCAAUGACAGUGACUACGAAUGCUCCGCAUUCAUCAUUGACACCUGGAUCGAGAACGCUGCUGGCAACCGCACAAACAUUGCCCCUCAGAGCAUUCCCUGGGAGAUGAUCCGGUACCUCGUCACCGAAACCUACGGUGGCAAGAUUGACAAUGAGGGCGACUUCAAGCAAUUGAACCAGCUUGUCCACUCGUUCCUGACGCCGUCCGCCUACGAUGUCGGACAUAAGCUUGUCGAAAGUGCAGAGGGCCAGGAAACCAGUCUUGAGGUUCCAUCAGGCACGUCUCUGCCGGACUUUAUGGCAUGGAUCCACAAGUUGCCUGAACGCGAGCCGCCUACGUACCUCGGCCUGCCGGCCAACGCCGAGAAGCUGCUCCUGGUCGGUCUCGGAAAGAGUCUCAUUGGCAACUUGAGGAAGGUGACGGAGUUGUUAGAGGAGGGUGAGCAGUUGAUGGUUGAAGCUUAG